AUUUUAUAUAAGGAAACCUUCACAACUUUAACAACACACAAACAUCCACAUCUAAAAAUUAUCAACCUCCAUUUAGAAACUCUUUUAGAUCGAAUUUGAUUCCACACAAGAAAGUGGAAGCUAUGGAUAGACUCAAUUACCACAAAAUAGCAAUUUUUACACAAAGCAUAAGAAAUCAUCAUAACUAUCUAAUCAAGCUUACACCAUUGCUAGUUUCAUUAUGUUUGUUUCCUUUCAUAUUUUCAACUUCUUCCUUAAUUUCUUUCCUCCAACACUUUAACUUCUACUUCUCUACAUUCUCUUUCCAACUAUUUACUCACAACAUAGACAAAAAUUGCAUCUUCCUCCUAUGUAAUGGUCUCCUUGUUUUUGUCGGUAUAACAAGAUCUUUUUCUGUAGGGUCUAGUAGUAUUGAUGAAUCAUCCAACAGUGUUAAAGAUGGUUCACAGUCACUUUACUCAAUGGUUGAAGCUCAAGAGCCAAUGUUAGUGGUGAAGGAGAAAACCAAUAAGCUUGAAGCAGAGAGUGAAGAAGUAGAAGAAAGCGUUAGAGAUAUAAGCUUAGAAGAAGGAAGAGGAAGUUACAUAUUACAUUGGGAACAAGAGGAGGGGCCAAAAGAAGAAGGUAGACUAUUUGAUGGAGGAGAUGAAGAGAAAGACAAUGAAACAAAAAUGUUUGACGAGGAAGAAGUUUUAGAUGAAGCAAAUUGUGUGCUAAGGACAGAUGAGUUAAACAAAAAGUUUGAUGACUUCAUUAAAAGGAUGAAAGAAGAUUUGAGGAUUGAAGCUCAAAGACAAUUUGACAUGGUUUGAUUUUGAUUAGUGACUAUGAUGAUUUUUUUUUUUAUGUUCCGAAAUUUUUAUAGGACUUUUAACAAGGCUAAAGAAGGAUCCAAAAUACCUUUUAGAAAAUAGUUACAAUACAUUCUAGUAAUAUAUGUAUGAUUACGUCAAUAUUACUACUGGAAUUUAUUUUCCGAUAUAAACAAUGUGUGGUAAUAAAGCGUGAAAAUAAUUUCUU